CGCCCAAUUUCCGUCCCACCAGCGUUUCCAACUCCUCGCCCAGCACUGCUUGCAGCGCACAUCCCACCCUCUCUACUGGCAUCUCACACACAUUGCAAGCUACUCUCCUUUGCGUCUAGAUUCGUCGUCGUGUUGGUGUUGUUGUUGUUUAAGUUGGUUUUUGUGUGUCAGUUGAGGAAUUCACUUCGGUAGUUCAGAGACUGUUGUUAGGAGAUCGUGAACCGGAGUUUGCGUAGAUUGGUGUUGGUUGUGUGUGUUACUAGAUUCGAGUGAAGAAUUGUGUGGAACGGAGUUGACGGUGGUGUUGUGAGGUUAGAGUGUCACUGUUGGACUGGUAGUGUGUUCUGGUUCACGAUCCUCACCAGAACACCUUCGGUGUCGGUUGGUUCCGAAUUUCGAUCGCGGUUCGAUCUGGUGGUAAAUCUAUAACCAGAUGCCUGCCAUGGCUUUGACCCCCGCGGAACGAAACAGCAGCGAGCAGGUGCAGUGCGGUGGCCCGCAGAAGGGAUGCGGGAAGCCUUUACCCAGAGUUGGGAGGAAACCAUUUCUCGCCGCUUGUGCACCGCCUGGCACGUACCCACCCGCGCCUACUUCCCCUGGUGAUGAAAUGCAGUGGCACUGCCACGGCGCCAACUACGAGGAGCUCAUCUCCAAUUUGCAAAAGCGGGGCAUCUUGACUUCGUUACAUGCGGCAGCUGCCAUGUCUAAGGUGGACCGGAAGCUGUUUGUGCCAGCCACUGGCUACGCUUACAACGACUCCCCUCAAGUCAUUGGGUACGGAGCGACGAUAUCCGCCCCUCACAUGCAUUCCUAUUGCCUAUCAUUACUGGCGGAUCACGCCAAGCCUGGCAUGUCUGUUCUCGACGUUGGCUCAGGAUCUGGAUACCUGACUGCAGUCUUUGGUUUAAUGGUUGGAGAGACCGGCCGUGUCGUCGGUGUUGAGCACAUUGCGGAACUUGUGGAAGGCUCAAUUGAUGCUAUCAAGGAAACACCUGCUGGCGAACUUAUGGACAAGGGAAGAAUCGAAGUAUAUGUGGCCGAUGGAAAGCUUGGAUAUGAGGAGGCCGGACCAUAUGACUGCAUUCACGUCGGCGCUGCUGCUGCAGUUCUUCCUGAAGCACUUGUGAAACAACUCAAACCAGGAGGCCGAAUGGUCAUUCCGGUGGGAUCAGAUAACCAGGAUUUGGUGAUCAUAGACAAGCUGCAGGAUGGAACGAUCAAGAAGACAGUAGACAUGGUGGUCCGAUAUGUGCCCCUUAUCUAGAGACGAUGAAGAAACUUUGCUGAACUUAGAGACGCUUACGUAACCAUUACCAUUAUUCAUAUCGACCCUAGUGCACUUCCGACCCUAUAGAGUUCCUAGAUCAACUAUGGUCCUUUUGCUCUCCUGUAAUUAAUUAAUUUUUGACCAUCUCGGCCCAAUAAUCUAUCUCAAAGAUUUUGACACUGGUAGGUCUACACUGUCUCAUUUCUAGAGCUACCACGCCCUUGCUAGAUGACUCCUCGCCAUAUCCAUUCACGAGAACUGCAUGCACGUAGUCUCUCAGCUGUAUACUAGACUUCCCUCACCACGGCACCCGCAGGGCAGUUUUUGGUUUAACUUCCGUUGAAGGUACUCCCCCAAGAUCAAUAAAAAAUCAUAAUUAAUAUUA